AUGAAUACUGGAGACGCCUCAUGGCUGCUGGGCCUUGGUAUCAACCAAGUCGACCAAGACGGCGAUGUCCCAAUCACAAAUGGGAUAAACAGCGAGGGCCCUGUCACUGAUGCAUUCCCUACCAUCAACGUGCAGACGGCCUUCGCCAACGAGUACAAUCAGCAAGCACCACCACCCCCGCCACCACAGCCAUCCUUUCUACGUACGCCUCCCGAACUGUCUCAACAGCACCAUCAACAGGAGACUUUGGAGAACAGGAUAGAACGUCUAUUCCGCGAGUCGGAGCGAAGCCAAAAUGAGAAUGAUCAACGGCUGCAGAUAUCGCUUGAAGUCCUCGACGGCCGCCGGUCCGCAGAGAUCCGUUUCUUGAACAACAAGCUACGGACAAUAGAAAACGAGGUACGAGAGAUAGAUGUUGGCAUCUUUAACCUCAAGCGCCGGGUAGAGAAUAUGGAGAACACGGCGGAAAAUAUCCAAGCCGACACUCGCGACGCAAAACGUCAAGCAACCGACGAACACAACAUCGUGAGAGGCGUGCUCCAGAAUUUCACCAGGCAGGCUAGCGACCGACAUCGCGCAAUGGACCAGCGAUUGACUGACAUCGAGGGUUCCUCUCAAAAGAUGGAGAGGAAGGUCGCUAAAUUUGGGAAAGCCGUGAAAAACGCUGCGUACGAGCUUCACAAGUUGAGCGAAAUUGUGGAAAAGAAUGGCAGCGCUAGAAAAAGACGCUGCCGUUCGCCGAAUUAUGUCUGCGUUCAUCGCCAUACUGUCGGUUCUAGCGCUGCGCACCCAAACCAUCUCAGAGACCAUGACAAUGAGGAUGGCCAGUCACAGAAUACCGACACAAGCAGCUCAAAUCACGCAAGGGCAGAGCCAAGUUGCCCAGAAAAGACAACAAGGCCGCUAAAUACUAAAAAUAAGAGAAGAACUCGAUCUGGAAAUUGA